AUGUACAAUCGUCCAUAUAAUAAUACACCACAUCAGUCACCUAAUGCACAGCGGAAUACUUAUCCAUAUGGUCAAGCUUUUCAACCAGCAUCACAGCAAGCUCAACCGCCUUCCGCCAUGAUUCAACAGAAUGCUCUUCCUUCACAUAAUAGUUCCCAAUUCGGUACGCUAAAUAGUUAUAACAGAAUUAGCGGUGGCGACUUUCGUCACGGUGCUCACCUAUCCACACACCAACCUCAUUUCUCUUGGCCAAAUCCCAAAAGUAAUAAUUGGGGAAUAUCCGAACUAAGUGGUGCUUCAGGGAAUAACUCUUUGGCGAGCAGUUUAUAUCCGAAUAAUAUCGCAAAUAGUAAUACUGGUAGCUUUCAACCUACGAACUCCGGUAUAUUUGAUGCUACGGCUCAACCUCAACAGGCUCAGCAAACGCAUCAAACUCAGACAAAUCCACAACGAAGGAUGCAAGGAUCCGCUGCUAUACAACCGCAUAAUAAUACUUUACGUUUAGGCGCCGAUGCAACUUAUCAGGGUCAUCAAUCGUCAAUCGCUGCAGGACAUACACAACAGCCAUCAAUGCCGACCUCAUUAUCACAAUUUCAUACAUCUCCUACGCCAUCGGCGCAAACUCAACCCCACGCAGCUCAGCAACAACAUAGCAUGCUUGCUCUGCCAACUCCGAAUUCUUUAAAUUCAUCAAAUGUAAAUUCCGUGAUUAAUGGUAGAAAUCAAUGGAUGGAUACAAGUAACAUGAGUAAUUUUGCAAUGCCAGCAAUUAAUAUGAGUACGUUGAGUUUCCCCACAAGGAAUACUCAAAUGACUGUUAAUGAUACUGCAAGUUUGAGCGGUCAAUUUGGGGUGGACGUCGACCCUUCCACGGGUGAUUUAGAUGAAAGUAGUAUCAUGGAUCCUCCCAUGGUGGCCAAUUCUUCUUUAACUUCCUCUGCUACCCCGUCACAAUCUUCCAUAUCUCCAAAUACCAAUCAACCAACUUACAUGAAUCGUUUUUCUCAGCAACCACAACAACAAGCUCAAACCCAGCAACACCUAACACAAGUUGCUCGUCACCAAUCCCAACAGCAGCAACAAGUGCGCCGUUAUGCCACUUCAACCACCUCCCCAAAUACUUCCAUUAGUAGCAUAACGGAUUCCACGGGUUCCCCGUCAAUGAAUAGUUCGAUAUCCAAACGUCCGACCGAUACAAAUGCCGUGUUUGGGUCGAGCAUAUCGGGAAUGCCGAGUCAAAGAUCAAUGUACAGUAAUAGUAACGGGUUGGGUAGUUAUGUUACGAAUCAGCACGGACGACAACAGCAGCCGUACGCUGCAAAUCAGCAACAAAAUCUGAGAUCACCUUAUACUGCUCAUAAUGAGAGUUACAUUUCUCCCUAUCCCUCUCAACAAAGUAACAAUGUGAAUGUUAAAUCCUCUCCAAGGUUAACCAAAUCUGUGACACAGAAACCGACAAUACAAACAGGUGUUCCCGUUCAAGUUAUAUCGCAAUCUCAACAAUCUCAGCAAUCUCUACAACAGCAACAACAACAGCAACAACAAUUGCAUCAGCAACAAUCUCAACAACAGUUGCACCACCCAUCACAACUCCAACAUCAAUCGCAGCAGCAAAAGCAACAGUUGCAACAUCCUACUCCUUUACAUCAUCCACAGCAACAGUCUCAACAACAGCAGCAACAACAGUUGCAGCAAAUGCAGCAGCAAUCAGCUUUGCAGCAUCAUCAUCAACAGCAACAGGCAUCUCAACAGCCUUCUGAACAAUCGAUACAGCAAUUGCAACAGAUGCAACAAAAACAACAACAACAACAUCAUCACCAAGCUCCUCCUAAUAAGAUUACACGAAGUUUGGUUGGUGCACAAACUCAACAGCAUCCACAUCACCAGCAACGUCAACAACAUCAGCAACAUCAGCAACAUCAGCAACAUCAGCAACAUCAACAUCAUCAACAACAACAACAACAACAACAACAUCAACAACAGCAGCAGCAGCAACAACAACAACAGCAGCAACAACAACAACAACAGCAGCAGCAGCAACAACAACAGCAGCAACAGCAGCAAAGUUCAAAUGUCUCAUUUUCCCAACAAAAUCAAGUGACCAUGAUGUCAACUUCGAAGCAAAAGCCUUCACCAAUGGUUGCACAUACGCCGUUGCAAAAGAAUAAUUCGAUACCACAACCGCUACCACAACAGCAACUACAACAGCAACUUCCGCAACAGCAACUACCACAACAGCAACUACCACAGCAACUAUCACAGCAACAAUUACCGCCACAACAACCACCCCAACAGCAACCUCCUCCUCAACCGCAACCACAGUCGCAACCUCCACAAGCUCCUCAAGAACUGAAGAGCGCUACCUCUACUGUUGCAUCUUCCGUUUUACCACCACAAAAGGAUCAUAAACCGAAACGGCCCAUGAAUGCAUUCAUAAUCUUUUCAAGUGAACGUCGACCUGAAUUACAAAAGAAUGAUCCGAAUAUGCAAACCUCUCAAGUUAGCAAAAUUUUGGGGGAGGAAUGGCAAAAGAUGGAUAACUCACGAAAAGAACAUUAUAAUGAAAGGGCGAGAGUCCUCAAGGAGGAGUUUAAACAGUCGAAUCCUGGGUUUGUUUAUACUCGUCGGGGAACAUCAACUACUACAAAGAAGAAGGCUUCAACAUCCUCGACUACACCUUCCGCCGUCGUUGCCUCUGUUACCCCGACCGCGACGACCGUGACCACCCCCAACACAACGAACGCCCCCACUUCUACCUCCACUACUACAAAAUCUCCUAUCGCUCCUAUAGCGGUACCACCUCAAUCUACAAACGUUCCAAUAUCCAAUGGUCCAAUCAAUGGUAGUGUUCCCCCACAUCAUCCAAAUAACGUUUAUUCAUCCCCUCAUAGUAAUGCAACGCCUACUUCAACAGCAACGAAUACAAAUGCUCAACGAAGUUCACUCAAUAAUAAUAUUAACAAGCAACAACAGCCACAACCACCAGCAUUAUCAAAUCCACCAAGGUCGACAAUGUCCACAAUCCCUAUCAGAAAUCGUAAAUUAAGGAGACCAAUGAAUGCCUUCUUGAUCUUUAACAAAGAAAUGCGCCCAAGAGUAUUAGAAACGAAUCCCAAUAUGUCUGUGGCUGAAAUUUCAAAAACAAUUGGUGAAAGUUGGCGUGGAAUGUCUGAUGAACAAAGGGAGGUUUAUCUUCAGAAAGCUCGAAAUUUGAAGAAUGAAUUUCAUGAAUCAAAUCCAGACUUUGUGUAUACACGCCGAUCAAAAGCUGAACUUGCGGCAGCAGGUCAUCAUAGUUAUUCCAAGAAACUAACGGGCGCUCCGCCCAAAGACCCCCGAGGACGUAAAAAGAAACGAAGCCGACAUCCAACUGCGCCAAAGCAUCCAAUGUCGGGAUUUUUAUUCUAUGCAUUAGAGAUGAGACCACAUGUUGCAGAACAAAAUCCUGGAAGUACGGUUGGUCCCAUAAGUAAAAUUAUUGCAAGUCAUUGGAAGGCUUUAACUCCCGAAUCGAGAGCACCAUGGGAGAAAAAGGCUACCGAUGACAAAGCAAGAUAUGCUAGGGAGAUGGAAGCAUAUUUACAAGCACAAAAAGAUGAGGAAUGA